AUGUUUCUCUGGCAACCAGAUGAUAGUCAAAUGAUCAUUCUUUUUGUUAUCGCCGGUUGUUGGGGCGCAGCAGAUGCUGUCUGGCAGUCCCAAGUCAUCGCCACUUACACGGUUCUCUAUUCUGAAAGUGAUCCAAGUGUUGUGGCGAAAUAUCGUCUUUGGAAAUCUGUCGGCUCUCUUAUUUCACUCAGCUAUGCUAGCUACAUAACAAUCUAUCUCACACUCAUUCUUCUUCUCGUCUAUCUGACAGUGAGUAUGAUUUGUUAUGGUAUCCUCGAAACUUAUCUUCGAUGUAAAGACUAUCGAAAGAAACAGGACAAUCUCAUUAACUAA